AUGCUGCGCCUCAUAUCGGUGGCCUACCUCCUCGUAGGCUCAGCCAUUGCGACCAGUCCCCCAAUGGGCAAGACACUCAAUGGAACCUACAGCGGGGUGUACUCACCCUCAUUCAAGCAGGACUUCUUCUUGGGUAUCCCAUACCUGCAAGCCCCCGUCGAUGACCGACGCUUUCAUCCCGCCGAUAGCCUCACGGGCAGCUGGGAUGGCACGCGCAACGCGACGGCCUACGCCCCUUCCUGCGUAGGAUACGCCUCUUCCGACCCUCCUGAGCAGAUGUCCGAGGACUGUUUGUACCUCAACAUCGUGCGACCGCACCAGAACACGUCCGAGACCGACCCCCUCCCCGUGGUAAUGUACUUCCACGGCGGCGGCUUCUACGGCGGCAGCGCGCGCGACGGUCGCUACAACCUCAGCUCCUUCGUUGCGCGGUCUGUCCAACAGAACCAGCCCGUCAUAGCCGUCAGCUUCAACUACCGACUGAGCGCCUGGGGGUUUCUGUAUAGCAACCAGAUCCGCGACACGGGGGCGACCAACGUAGGCCUCCGGGACCAGCGGUACGCUCUGCAGUGGGUGCAGGAAAACAUCGCCGGGUUCGGAGGCGAUCCCCGGCGGGUGACCGUCUGGGGCCAGGGGGCUGGGGCCUCCAGCGUUGGCUUUCAACUGACGGCGUACGCGGGGCGUGACGACGGCCUCCUGCGCGCCGCCAUCUUGCAGAGCGGGAACCCCGUGCCCUCCCGCGGGCUCAACGGCACGCAGUACUUCCAGCCGUUGUAUGACGCUCUCACCCAACAGGUGCAUCCCUCUCCCGCGUUUGCGCUGGGGUAUGGGAUGGUCCCUGGAAAGGACACAUGCUGGGUCAGCCCGGAUCGCAUGGCGUGUCUGCGGACGGUACCAUUUGCCGAGAUGAACGCCGCCAUCAAUGCCACGAGCCCGCACGGCUGGUUCCCGGUCAUUGACGGGGAUAUUGUCCCCGAGCAGCCGAGUCGCUCGCUGUACACGCGCAAGUUCGUCCCGGUACCGAUCAUCCUCGGGGCCGCGACGGACGAAGGAACCGCGCAAAUGCCGACUGGUGUGGAAAUCGAGACAGACGAGGACUUUGCGGACUUGGUUGCCAAUCCGCAAUCGUACGGCGUCGCUCCGGGGAUCGCCUUGCCGCAAGUGCUAGUCGACCAGAUCACCACCGCCUACGCCAAUGUUUCUUCAGUGCCGGCUGCGAAAGCUCGUCUGUACCAGGGGGAUUCAACGGUCAUCGCCAACCGACGCCAGGCGUGCGCCACCUGGUCUCGCAACAAUGUGACUACAUACUGCUAUCGAUGGAACAUUGCCCUGGGCGACAGCCAACGCACUGCACGGCACGGUGACGACCUCCCCUUCGUCUUUGACAAUACGCGCGGCACCGGUUACGAGAAGAUCCUAUUGGACAAUGAGUCACUCGUGGAGCUGGCAGCCGAGGUGAGCGGAAGCUGGGUCAGCUUCGUCGCGACUUUGAACCCCAACGCCUGGAGGACGGCUAGCAAUAGCAGCAUUACUGCACCAGCGACAACCACGAAGGAGAGGAUUCUAACCUGGCCGCAAUACGGGGCCCCGCAUCAGUACGCACUGGUCUUUCAGGCUAACGGGACGAGCUACGUCGAGGAGGAUACCUGGCGAGCAACCCCAAUUCGGCUAAUUAACGGGCCUCCGUCGGGGAUUGCCGUGGCAUAUCAACGGUAG